AGAUAAGAUGCCACAUAGGAUAAACAUACCAUACAUACAAAUUCCCACUUACAUCUUUAUUCUCACAUCUCUCAUCAUCUGUUACAUUCAAAUUUGGGUAGUAGAAAGAGAGUGGACAAAGAUAAGAUGAGGUACCAUUCUUUCUUAAGAAGCCCAAAGAAGGAAGAGCAACAAGUGCCGGACUGUACCCAUAAUUCUGGUGAAGAAUUCUCUGACACUACUAAUACAAAAUUAGAUUGUGUUUACACCAAUGGAGACAAUGAUCAUGAGGUUGAUAUCAUGGAUGAUUGGGAGCGAAUUUUGGGAAUCGAAGAGGAAGAAGAUGGAAAAUUGCCGAGCGAUAACAUGUACAGCGGGCACAAGCUCAAUUGGGAUUUUAUGGAUUGGGAUGAGUUUCCCAAUGGAGAAGAAGAAGGGGAGGAGAUAGAGCAAAAGGUUUAUCAAGGCACUAAUAAGUGCUUUUUUGAAGAGGAGAGCUACUACAAAAAAAAAGUAGUAAAGAGUGAGAGUGUAGGGUUUUGGGAUGAUGAUGAUGAGAAGAAGGUGCAACUGAAUUUGAAUUUGAAUUAUCAAGAGGUUUUGGAUGCUUGGUCGGAUCGUGGUUCUCUUUGGGCAGAUGAUUGUUCACUUUCUUCCAUGGCUAGCAAUGGCAAUUAUAUGGGCGAGGUGCCGGUAAUGGAAGAAGACAAGACAAGAAGAGAGGCAAGUGUUCUAAGGUACAAGGAGAAACGCCAGUCUAGGCUCUUCUCCAAAAAGAUAAGGUACCAAGUCCGCAAGCUCAAUGCAGAUAAAAGACCUAGACUCAAGGGUCGAUUUGUGAAGAGGGUUUGAUUUGCGACGUGAAGAUAUCAACUCAACAAAAAGAGAGGACGAAAUAUCUCAACAAAUAUCUCACUCAAAUAUCCGUGGACUUAAUCUUUUGCGUAUGUUUGUGUUUGUCGCUUGAAAAUAUCUCUAAUUUAACUACAUGGAAAACAAAAAUUGAAUAUAUCUAUUAUUUUAGGGAGUUGAUUAAUUCCAAAAACUAUCUGUUUCUGGGGUCUACUUAUCAUGAAAUUGUAUGGUUUCGAUAUAGUUUGAUUCAUAGCUAUAUGGUAUAUAUAGCAUGGUCUUUUCCUGGUAUUUAGUGAUGGGAACUGGACCGCAUGAUCACGAGCUCGAUCAAUCAUGGGAAUUGGACUGCAUGAUCACAAGCUCGAUCAAUCACAUUGACUAUCAUAUAUUCAUUCAAGGGGUUAAUUUCAGUGGAUUGUCAAAUGUGUAAUUAUUGGAGAUGGUGGGAUCAAUAUUGGUCAUAUAAAUAGUGGUCCUCAAGGGCCAUUUUCUUUUGUUCUUUA